AUGAAUGGAAUUGUGAAGUAUUAAAUCAUUUAAUUAGUUCUUUUGAAUUGUAGUAAAUUAGAUCAAAGUCCCAAGAUAAUUUGAAAUCAGUAAUUUGAAUUGAAAAAUUUAGAUAGUAGUUAUGAUAACAAUACUCAGCGGAUUUUGCUUAUUAUACAAUGCUCAUUUAAUAUUUUAAUGGGACUAUAAAAUAAUCAUUAUCUACUGCUGCGUAUCCUCCUUCACAAUAAUGGUACAUAAAUUACUUAAAAGUAGAAAGUAUAAUAAUUAAUUAUUUCUAGUCUUUCCCAAUACUGUUGUUUUAAUAUUUUUGAAAGUUUACUCUUAAUAUCCUAUUUACUUUCCAUAGUAUAUUAUAUAGAGAUAGAGAAAGUGAAUAUUAAUUUCAUUUCUUAUGCUCAACUUGUUUUACAAUUCUUAAUUUUAUCAGUCACAGUUCUUGUUAAUAGAAGUACAUCAGAUAGUGAUACUUUAGAUUAAUCAUUUUAGAUUUAAGAGAUUGUAAAUUGAUUAUAAAUUUUUAGCUAAUAGCUGCAUUUAAAAGUAUCAGUGCUCUUCAACUUGUAUUUGUAAGUCUUAGGAUAACAGAACAAAUAACUUGGGGAUGGAUUUAAACAUUAAUUAUAAUAUGGUUUCUUCUAGGAUUGUCCUUUGUAAUAGCCAUAUGUUUAUUAAUUGAUAUACUAUAAAAAUGCAGAAAUAAAUAAGAUGGUAUUGAAGAAGAUAAAAAAUCAAUUAUUAGUUAAAUUAAUAUAUAUAUUUAAGUUUAAGGAGGAAUUUGGUUAAAUUUGAUUUCAUUUGGAAUCACUUUAGUACCAUUCACAACACUAUUUGGAUGUGCAUUAAAUUAUGAUUUUAAAGUUAUCUAAUUAAAUUAAUAUGCAUUUGGAUUAACUAUUCUGUAUUAUCUACUAUAAUUAGCUUAUUUUUAUAAGUUUAAAUAAAAACUAAUGUAAGAAAUCAAUAAUAAUAGAGUGAUUACUUUUUAUAUUAUGAUAUGGCUUAGAGCAAUCUAUAUGUUGAAUAAUAAAUAUAAUAAAUUAAUCAAAAUCAAAAUUAAAUUGAAAAUAGAAUAUAAUUGA